AUGGGUGACGCGUCUUCUGUUUCCUCGCAGGUAAACAGUAAAUCUACUCUGUACGAUUCGACUUCCGGAAAUACAGGAGCAAGCGAAGCGUACAUGUGUACUUUGGUAGGAUUACCGUACAUAGCAGUAGUGGCCAAAGAACUUGAACAGGAGAAAAUAAAUCAAAUAACCAGUAAUGGAGGAAAAAUCAUGAAGGUGGAUGUGUCGUUACGAAAUUUCCACGCAAAAGAUCAAGCCGAAAAAAAUGAUGGAUUCUUUAUCAAUCAGUUCGGAAAUGCGGAAUAUGCGGAAGAGUUCCAUGAGAGCGGCGGCGAUAAUCACGAGACUUCGAAUGUCUUCCAUGAAAUUCUGCAACAACUGAAAAAAGACGAGAAACAGAAGAAGAAGAUUCCUGAUUAUUUUGUGCAUAGCGCAGGAACAGGUGGUACAAUCUCCUCAGUUGGGCGUUACACUAAACGCUAUAAUAUUCCCACAAGGAUUCUGCUAUCAGACUCGGAAUUUUCGCUAUUCCAUGAUUAUGUUAUUUCAAACAAGUUUACUAAUGAAUCCGGUACGAAAAUCUGGAAAGCGCCAGGUGUCGCAGGAAUUGGUUACGGAUACAACGUGAAACCGAUCAUUUAUGGUGAAACUACCAGUUUAACUCGCAACGUCGUUGAUGAAUCAAUGAAGAUGCCCGAUAUCGCAUCGGCGGCUGCAAUGCACGUUCUCCGAGAACGAGGUAUCGGAGGUGGUGCGUCAACUGGUUUGAACUUCCUCGUAUCGUUGCACAAAGCGUAUCAACUGAAAGAUAAAAAACGUCCCGGACGUUUAACAAUCGUUACAAUUAUUUGUGAUCCUGGAGAGUUUUAUGAGAGCACUUACUUCAAUUCGACUUGGAUCGAUAAAAUGUUCUCUGAACAAGGAGGAAUGAAAGGUUUAGAUUGUUGGAAAAAUGUAUCAAUCGCAAAAAUUCACGAUGACUUAUUCACUUGA